AUGCAAUUGCAGAUUACACAUAUAACAGUUGCACUGGGGCGAUUGGAACAACAGUACGUGGAACACAAAGAAAAGUUCGAAAAAUGGAAGCUGAACAAUAUAGCGCAAUGUGGUACGGAAACUUACAACAAGUAUGUGGAGGAGUUUAAUGAAUGGGAGAAAGGUGUCAAAGAACAACAGAGACAACUGAUUGAAGAGCGUAAUAGUUUAAUCGCACCGCAAGAUUUGGAUACUACAUUAGAUGGUUUGUUGGCUCAGAUUUCACCAAAAGAUUUUAUUCUUGCCGUUGUGAUGAUGACUAGUAAGGAUCCUACAUUUUUUCCUGCACUACUGUCUGCUCUACAGAAAGUUCAAGCAUAUGAUGAAGCACGGCAAGCAAGUAUAUAUCAGGCAUAUGCAGCGUCAGCAGCAUCUUAUACACCAACAGCAAAUUGUCAAUAUCCCUCUCAAAUUCAGUAUUCCAGUACCAAAACUUUACGGACCGCUAAUCCGUCGCAUCCGUAUGGUGUGGUACGAUCUGAUGUUCCACUUGACGUAACCAAGCGACCAUAUGAUCGCCUACUUGGAGCCGCGAAAAGCGAUGAGAUUACUUCACGCAAAAGUUACCGGGCUCCGUCACCAGUUCGUGAUUAUCGAAAUCCCUCAACAUUACCCUUCCGUGAUUUUAGUCAAACAUAA